AUGGCGGUGCAUCAGAAGGAAGGCGAAUCUCUAAAGGAUUAUGUAGUCCGGUUUAAUCAAGCCAGGCUCACGGUGGAUAAUCCUAUCGAAGAGAUGGUUUAUGUGAUUCUAUACCAAGGAUUGAGGGUGGAAAGGCCCUUAAUGGCCGAUGUUACUCUUAACACACCUGAGAAUUUGACCGAACUUACCGACAUGAUCAAAAAGUAUGUGAACCAAGAGGAGAUGCUCACAGCCUUGAAAGAAUCCCAGAAAAGCAAAGUCUCGGAAUCAGGAAAUCCCAGGAAGAAUAAGAAAGUCCGCCCAGAAGAAAAGCGGACCGAGACAAAGGCCGCGGUAGGACCCAGAGGCCACCACCAAUUUCGAAUAGAAGAAUGGACUCCCUUGAACUCUCCCAUCAAUGAGGUAUUAAUCGAGAUUAGGAGAGACCCAUUGUACGAAGAUCCUCACCCGCUCUUCUCUACUCGUGUAAAAGAAGAAAACAUGCACAAGUUAUGCACAUUUCAUAAGGCCCGAGGUCAUCUUACCGAGGAGUGCAAAAAUCUCCGAAUCUUGAUUGAGAAAUUUAUCAAGAACGGAAAACUUCUUCGCUUUAUAGCAGAUAAUCAGGGUCAGCCUAGGCGAGAUCAAGGGCCUCGUCAAUACCAAGGAGAGAGAGACUAG